AGUGCGUCCGCAUUUCUCGUUCAUGGUCGCGAUGACCCAGCUUCCACCUGCACCUGCGCACCAACGCCGCCGCCUGCUGCCAGCCUCCGUCCUCGACAUCCCAGGCAUCGUCAUCGCGAUCGUCCAGUUGACGCCUGAACGGCGAGACAUCUUCUCGCUCGUUGCGGCGCUGCCGGCGACCUCGCGCUCCCCAGCGCUGACAGCACUCGUACUGUGCUUGCGAUCGGGGUACGCUUGGCCCACGCUGUGCGUCCCCAGCGUGCACGCCACCGAGAUCGAUUGGAUUUGCGCAGCGAUACCUGUUUUUCCGUCGGCCAUCAUCGCCGGCGUCUGCUCGAGCGGUCGCUGGCAAGCCGGUGAUCCAGGGUUCCAAAUCCCCUUUUGCGGGUUUCUGAACAAGUGGGCCCCCAAGAUGACGGCCUUGAACAGCCUCGCCAUCAAGGAUCUCGAGCACCGCCGUGAGUUGGGCCGCGUACUGGCUCGCUGCUCACGUCUUAAGAAGGCGAUGCUCUUGACCAGCCACGUGGACCUUCUCGAGACCGUGACGUCGCCACGUCAUUGUGUCUCGGAGCUGGACCUCCGCUGCGACAGCACCAACGACCAUGCGCGCGCGCUCAUUGCGCCAUUGCGACGUUGGCUGGCGUCUGGUCAUGCUCGCCACUUGUCGCUGCUUCAAGUUGCUAUCCCGAUGGACGCGGGUCUGGGGCAUGCUUUGGCCACAUCCCGAACGCUCUCGAGCCUUUAUUUAUUCGAGUCGUCGGAGAGCGUGGUCCACAGCCUUGUCGCCCACGGCGCGACAAUGGCGUCUCUCUCGGAGCUCGUUCUUGACAGGUGCUCGGCCGAGAGCAUUGUGGGUCUUGUUCCGCUGCUGCCGUUGAAGCGAAUGAAAAAACUUGACUUUUGCGUCGCAGUACCCAACGGCCCCGAGAUCGGCGACGUCAUCACAGCAGCGCUGCCCCACUUGUCGGGCCUCGAGCAUUUCACAUUGACGAGCGCUUGCGUCAGCGUGAGUGCCAUGCGACCACCCACCGCGCUGACGUCGACCCUUCGCACGCUCGAGUUCUGCAACGUCAGCUUGUCCGUCGCGUGUCUGGACGCAAUACUCCUUUGGGCCACGAGCUCGACGCGUCUUGAGUCGGUUCUGUGGAAGUAUUGCGCGAUCUUUGGCCAAAGUAUCGACGUCACGGCGACCUGCUGGGGCACGUUACCGUUGGCCGAGGCAUUGCGCGCGACGCACGCCCCCGUCAAGUUUGAGCUGGCCCUCCAUGGCAAUAAGAUGGAUCUCCACGAUGUGCAAGCGCUGCUCGAGGCCGUCGCAACGUGCACCAACGUGUCGGUCCUGCUCCCGACCCAAUGUCGUAUGUACUUGAAGGAAGAGAGCGACCCCCACGUCGCCCAGGCUCGCGCCGCCGGCGUCACCAUCGACACUUGGUCAUACCGCCUCCACAGCCCUGUUGUUGUUGCGCCUGCGACAACAAACACGUAG